GAGGUCUCGCCUCUGAUACCAAAAAGUCAAGAAUAAUGGAGCUGGUGAUCCCUGAGGUGGAGCUCGCUGGUGGCGGGCGAAAGAUGCCGGUGGUGGGUCUGGGAACGGCCAGUUCCCCUCCGCCGACGCCGGAGGAAUUCCAAGAAGCGAUGCUGAACGCCAUGAGGCUAGGCUACCGGCACUUCGAUACGGCUUCUCUUUACGGGACCGAGGCACCGCUUGGCGAGGCCAUCGGCGAGGCUCUCCGGCGAGGGAUCAUCAAGAGCCGGCAAGAGCUCUUCAUAACAUCCAAGCUUUGGUGCCCCGAUUGCUACGCCGACCGGGUCUUGCCUGCUAUCCAACAAUCCCUCCGGAAGCUUCAGUUGGAAUACCUGGAUCUUUAUUUGGUGCAUUGGCCUUUGUGUUUGACUCCUGGAGAGAUGAAGCAGCCAAUUCAAAUGGAUGGAUUACCACCCUUUGAUUAUAAAGCAGUAUGGUCAGCAAUGGAAGAGUGUCACAAACUAGGCCUUGCAAAAUUCAUAGGGGUCAGCAACUUCACUUGCAAAAAACUUGAUCAAAUUCUCAACAUUGCUAAGAUCCCUCCUUCUGUUAAUCAGGUUGAGAUGCACCCUGUUUGGCAACAAAAGAAGUUGAUGGAGUUUUGCAAGGAGAAAGGGAUAGUGAUUACUGCUUACUCUCCUUUGGGAGCGUAUGGGACUUACUGGGGAAGUAAUGAUGUUCUUGAUUCCCCUGUUUUGAAACAAAUAGCAAAUGCUAGAGGAAAAACACCAGCCCAGAUAUCUUUGAAGUGGUUGUACCAACAAGGUGCUACAAUUGUUAUGAAGAGCUUCAAAGUGGAAAGAAUGAAGUCUAAUGUUGAUAUAUUUGAUUGGGAAUUAAGUGGAGAAGAGCUGCAAAAGAUUAGAGAAAUUCCACAAAAUAGAGGCAUAAAAGGUGAAGAUUUCAUCUCACUUAAUGGACCUUUCAAAUCGUUGGAAGAGUUGUGGGAUGGUGAAAUUUAGCUACUUAUUUGUAUUAGAAAGCAGGACAUGAUCUUCAAGGUCUUUUUUCUCAUGUUAUGUAUUUCGCCUUUAAUUUUGAAUAAAAACAAAUGAAUAAGUUUUCUGUUUA